AUGGCAUCACUCAACAACAUCCAAGCCAAAUUUGAUCUUGAACAACAAUCAUCAACAAUAGCAACAUUAGAAGUUGAAACAAAAGAUUUUGACUACUCAAAAAGAUCACAAUGGCUACGCGCCGCAGUCUUAGGCGCUAACGAUGGAUUAGUCUCUACAGCUUCGCUGAUGAUGGGAGUCGGUGCGGUCAAACAAGACAUCAAAGCUAUGAUCUUAACCGGUUUCGCUGGGUUGGUAGCCGGUGCAUGUAGCAUGGCUAUAGGUGAGUUUGUUUCGGUUUACUCGCAAUUGGAUAUCGAAGUUGCUCAAAUGAAAAGAGAGAAAGAAAGAGGAAGAGAAGUUGGCGAUGGUGAAGAGAAGGAAAGUUUGCCUAAUCCUUUGCAAGCUGCAGCUGCUUCAGCUUUAGCUUUUUCUAUUGGUGCAAUGGUGCCAUUGCUUGCAGCUUUUUUUAUAAGUGAUUAUAAGGUGAGACUUGGUGUCGUUGUGGCUGCAGUUAGUUUUGCUUUGGUUGUUUUUGGUUGGUUUGGGGCUGUGUUGGGCAAGGCUCCAAUUUUUAGGUCUAUUUUAAGGGUUUUGAUUGGUGGUUGGGUUGCUAUGGCUAUUACUUUCGGGCUUACUAAAUUAAUCGGGACAAGUGGCCUUUAG